CUUUAUGAUGAAAGCAAUGGCAUCCGUGUGUCUUGUUCUGUAAGAUGUGUUUUAAAAGAUUUCAAGAGUGGGCUUUAAAUCCUUAAAGUCCACAUUUUAAGUGCUUAAACUGACUUUUUCGGUUUUCUUGGCAUCUCGGCCUAUGUGUGAGUGUGAGCUAGCAUUAGCAAAGAGCCAGUCAGUCAUCUCCACCACCGUGUUCUUUACUUUCUAUCUUGGUCUUUUUUGCCAUAAAGAUCUUUAAUUUAGCCUACCAAGAACGCAGGACAAUCUAAAACACAAGCCCAUUCUGUGCCAAGAAACGCUCUUUCUCUUCUCUCCCAUUAUGAGAAUGCUUUAUCAAUUUUCCUUUCUGCUGCUUUUUCUGUUUUCUUCCACCUCCUUCACUCCAACAGUUGCUGGUUGUCUGUCUGUUCAGAGGCCUAUGAUGCUCUUGACCCAAAUGGGAAUAUCACAAUCAAAUGGGAUAUUAUGAGCUGGACGCCUGAUGGCUAUGUUGCUGUUGUUUCAAUCUUCAACUUCCAGCAAUAUCGUCACAUUCAAGCACCAGGAUGGACAUUAGGAUGGACAUGGGCAAAGAAGGAGGUAAUAUGGAGCAUGGUGGGAGGUCAAACAACAGAGCAGGGUGACUGUUCAAAAUUCAAAGGAAACGUUCCACAUUGCUGUAAGAAAAGACCAACAGUAGUGGAUUUAUUGCCAGGAACUCCUUACAACCAGCAGAUUGCAAAUUGCUGCAAAGGGGGUGUAAUCAGCUCAUUGGUGCAAGAUCCAUCCAAAGCAGUAAGUGCAUUCCAGCUUAGUGUAGGUGCAGCUGGAACAACCAACAAGACAGUCAGGUUGCCUAAAAACUUCACUCUCAAGGCUCCGGGACCUGGUUAUACGUGCAGCGCAGCAAAAAUUGUCAAACCUAGUAAAUUUUUUACAAGUGAUAAAAGGAGAGUUACUCAAGCUUUGAUGACAUGGAACGUUACAUGCACAUAUUCGCAAUUCCUGGCUCAAAAGACCCCUACUUGCUGUGUUUCACUCUCAUCUUUCUACAAUGAUACGAUAGUGCCCUGCCCAAAAUGUGCCUGUGGCUGCCAAGGCAACAAUAUUUCAUCAGGAGAUUGUGUAGAUCCAAAUGCACCACAUUUAGCUUCAGUUGUUUCCAACUCAGGGAAAAACAGUCUUGCACCUCUUGUCCAAUGCACAAGUCAUAUGUGUCCAGUCAGGAUUCAUUGGCAUGUUAAACUUAACUACAGAGAGUACUGGCGGGUUAAGGUCACAAUUACAAAUUUCAAUUUCAAUAUGAACUAUUCACAAUGGAACCUGGUUGUCCAACACCCAAACUUUAACAAUCUGACGCGGAUUUUCAGCUUUAACUAUAAGGGGUUGACUCCAUAUUCAGUUAUAAAUGAUACAGCCAUGCUAUGGGGAAUUCAGUACUACAAUGAUUUGCUCAUGCAAGCUGGCCCUGCUGGUAAUGUUCAGUCAGAACUGCUUUUCCAAAAGGAUAAGGCAACUUUUACAUUUGAGAAGGGUUGGGCUUUCCCUAGAAGAAUCUAUUUCAAUGGUGACAAUUGCGUCAUGCCACCUCCAGAUGCUUAUCCAUGGUUGCCAAAUGCCAGUUCCCGCAAGCAUGUCUCAGCCCUUGUGCUAACAGUUACUCUGUUUUCUGCAUUGGCAAUCUUACAUGGAUAUCUAUAAGCUUUGCAAUGUACACUGCAAAGCACCAUGAUAUUCAAAUUUUGACCUCAGCAUUAAGGCAAUUGGAAAGUUAAUUUGUUAGUGCUUCCAGCAUUUUAGGAGUUGCAGAUGAAUUUAAGUGUUUGCUGCCAUUUUGUCACUGGUUGCUGUUGUCUCACUUUCUCUGCUGUACCUUCUCAUCUAUGUAAAGUUUCCAAGAAGUCAAUUAUGAUGUAACUAAAUUAGGGUAAAUAGAAAUAACCUUUCGGAGAGGCCGUUAGUUUUUUGUCUUAAUUUUCUUAAUGUUCUUUGGAAUAGCAAGGAGGAAUAAGCAAUCAUUUGACACUGUUAGUUUAGGCGGUUAUGCCA